UAUAUCAUUCAAAGCCAGACGAGUCUCCACAGCGUGAUAGGAAACGAAGCAUAGCACACUACGAAUUACUUGUAUAUCGGACUGUAUAUUCUUUGUGUUUUGACCAAUCGAUGCUCAGAAGUGUGUAUACUCAACUGGUACAAAUAAUCGAUAACCAAUUAGUAGGAUCUUUCAAUCAGGAGAAAGAGAGAGACAGACAGAUAUAGAGGAGAUAUGAUAAAUGUGUUUGUACUGUCCAUCUCGUAUAAAUGCUUGUGACUGCAUUGUUGGGUCUUCCCGGCCAGAUGGUAUAGCAUGACAGCUAGAUAAUUACCAAGCGAGUGACAACAUCAAUAUAAUUUCAGCAUCUACAUGGGUUUGUCUGCAAUUGUCGUGUGUGUUCUGUAAAAGGGAAAAUUAAUGUAUUGAUCAGCCGCUGUUUGUGGAUGCUGUAUGUAUGUGUAUGUUUGCAAUAACCGUUAGCAGAGAGUAAACUAUUUGCUGCUGUUCUUUUAAUGCGUGUCGCCUCUGCCGCCACCGCCGCUGCUGUUAAAGCUGUGGAAAAGGACAUUCGGGUGCCGUGGCAGCCGACGCCGACCAUCAGGGCAGAAUGACUCUCGCCGAGUCGAAAGCGACGUACAUAGAACUGAUUCUCGCCUGGCUAAUCCACAACAACGGGACGAGCAGUGACGUCGACUUCACGCAGCCGUACGUGCGCCGCUCGCUGCGCUACGUCUACCCGUUGUUCAUGUUCCUGCACGCCGUCGUGGGCGUCGUCGGCAUCGUCGGCAACAUCGCCAUGAUCAUCGUGCUGGGAAAGCGUAGGCUGUACCACGACCAGACGUUCUUCCUCCUGGGAAAUCUCGCCUUCUCAGAUUUAAUCAAGUGCGUCUUCGUGCUGCCGAUAACGCUGGCAAAUUUACUUAUUCAGAACUGGCUGUUCGGCAGCUUUCUGUGUUUUUUCCUCCCAAUGAUGCAAUGUUUCCCCGUGUACGCCUCCAUGUUGACCUUUCUGAUGAUUGCCAUAGACCGGUAUCGUCUGAUUGUCCACCCCUUCAAAUCCCGCCUUCCCGCCGGCCUGUGUACAAUAGCCGUGUGGGUGGUGGCGGUGUGCGUGGUCUUGCCUUAUGCGGUGUACAUCAAAUAUAUUGACCUUGGAGCAUCGCUGGGUGAACAAUUUGAAGGGGCGGGAAUUUGUUACGUCCAUCUUGAGAAACGAAUAGAAGAGUACAUCAGGGCAAUGUUCGUGACCUUGUACGCCAUGCCUUUAGCCGUGAUCGCGUUUCUGUACGUGAGAGUUUCGGCCGAGAUCAAGUCGCGAGAGUCGGCCAACAUCUCGGUGCACUUCGCGUCCAGCAGCGGCGACGAGAUCCCGAACAUGCCGGAGCCAAUCUCCUACCAGUCUUCGAUCACGUGGUCCACCGCUAACGGCGCGCGAAACUCGAGAAGUGAAAACGAGGCGACGUCUGCUUCCGCCGCCGCUGCCGCCGCCAUCGCCGUCGCCAGCCAGUUGAAACCGUACGAACACAACACGCCGGAGUACGACGACGACCUCGACCUGGUGAAGGAGAAACGGACACAGAAUUAUCUCAUCGCCAUGACAACGCUGUUCGCCAUGUGCUGGUGCCCGCUGCACAUCCUGAUCCUGGUGCACUAUUUCGUGCACGAGAACGACAAGAACGAGGGCCAUUACGACAUCACGUACAUCACGUUCGCCUGGUUCGGCUUCUUGUCCACCUGUACGAACCCGAUUCUCUUCGCCUCGUGGCGAAUGUCCUCGGCCACCAAGGAUCGGCUGCGAGGCUACUUCCGGUUCAGCAACAGGCGGCGCAGUUCUCAGCGAAGACGUCAGUACCAACACCAUUCGCGUUUUGUAAAUGGAUCACGUUUGUCGCCAGUGGAGGAGCGAAUUGUCAUGGACGCACACAAUGAAAGCGCUGCCAAUGAUGUCUGACCUUUCCGUGUAUGUCCAUCUCUUUUGAACUUCACAGGUCACUGGUAGACAAAUCACAGAGCCAUAUCAGAAAGAAAUGGAAUGGAAUUCACGAUUGUUACGUUAUUGGUGCCUUGUUAUAACACAGACACAACGUCAUACUAAUAUUUAGUAAAAUUACGAACUUUGUAUGAGUAAGAAAACAAGAAGAAAAAAAAAUAAUAAUAAAAAAUUUAAAAAAUAAAAAAUAAUAAUAUGGGAGUUUAGUAUUCUUUUUGAAUACUGCUUAGCUAUUUAUUUAUCUAUUUAUUUAUUUAUUUAUUUUCUGAUAGUUAUCAGUUUUCCCCAUCAAUUAACGUAUUACUCGUAUGUUGGCUAAAGUCGGUGACCUUAGUUUCUGAGGUAGCUUUAUUGGAUUGCAUAAAGUUAAUCUUGAGUUCCUAUAAACCAGGAGGACCAAAAACAUGUUGUUUGGGUUAAAACAUGAUGUUUUAAACAGAACUUUGUCAGCGAUAUAUACGUUAACAGUAAAAGUAUAAUAACCGAACAUAUUUUACAUGAGCUAACAGGCCUAACUACGGUCAGCGGCUUAAACUGUCAGCAGAAGGUUGGCUCGUAGAAGUCGUUUUCGACGAAAAUCGAGUUGUAAGAGCGCGCAGACUAGCAACUGGACAGUCGUAGAAAGUGAUGGCAGUUGGUAGUCUUAGACUAGCAUUAGUUGUUUCGUAUACUCCGCACAAAACGUUAAGCAACACCCACCUCUAAACACAACUUGUAGCAAGGUAUUGUUAAUUGAUAUUUCAUUUUCAUACUUCAGUGGUUGUUGCUUAAAGGUACAUUCCCGAAUUUGCUGCAAUUUUAAAGAUGUUAUC